GCCCUUUGGUCUGCUUUCCGAUCGUCUCGUUCACAAUCGAUCGAUCAGGCCGGGCUGCAGCUUUCCUGCACUUCUUGCAUCUCUCCUGCAUCCUCCCUCCCCCGGGCAUCGUCUGCCUCGUAUCCGUUAGGCACAGCAUCCGGUUCUCAUGUCCGCAAGCAAAGAAAAGUCGGCCGACCAGCCCGAGCGCCGCCGCUACCGCCCGGCAACCGAGUGCGUCUUUGUCGACGGCACGGGUGUCUCUGAUCAGUACAAUGCUUCGUCCGUGCCCAUCUACCAGACGGCCACCUUCAAGCAGGCCAGCGCUACCGAGAUGGGCGAGUACGACUAUUCCCGCAGCGGAAACCCAACUCGCUCGAACGUCGAGUCGCACCUGGCCAAGCUCAUGGGUGCCACUCGGGCCUUUGCAAUCGCCAGUGGCAUGAGCGCCCUCGAUGUCAUUACUCGCCUGGUCAAGUCUGGCGAGGAGAUUAUUGCUGGAAACGAUCUCUACGGCGGCACCAACCGUCUCCUGACUUUCCUCAAGACCCAUAACAAUAUCGUCGUCCACCACAUCGACACCACCAACUCCGAGACGAUUCUGCCCUAUCUCAAGGCUGGCAAGACCAAGAUGGUGCUGCUCGAGACUCCGACCAACCCCUUGAUCAAGAUUGCCGACAUCCCCACCAUCAGCCAACACGUCCACCGCGUCUGUCCCGACGCCCUCGUCGUCGUCGAUAAUACCAUGAUGAGCCCGUAUCUCCAGCGCCCCCUGGAGCUGGGAGCCGACAUUACCUAUCACUCGGGCACAAAGUACCUCAGCGGGCACCAUGACUUGAUGGCGGGUGUUGUCGGUGUCAAGGACAAUGCCCUGGCCGAGAGAAUCUUUUUUGUCAUCAACGCCACGGGUAGCGCACUGUCUCCCUUCGACUCCUUCUUGCUGCUACGCGGUGUCAAGACCCUCAGCGUGCGCAUGGAGACCCAGCAGCGCAACUGCCAGCAGAUUGCCGAGUUCCUGGAGGCCAAGGGCUUCAAGGUCCGGUACCCGGGCCUCAAGAGCCACCCCCAGUAUGAGCUGCACCACCGCAUGGCACUGGGCUCGGGAGCCGUGCUGAGCUUUGAGACUGGCGACGUCGAGAAGAGCGAGAAGGUUGUCGAAAGCACCAAGUUGUGGGCCAUCUCGGUCAGCUUUGGCUGUGUCAACUCUCUGAUCAGCAUGCCCUGUCGAAUGUCGCAUGCGUCGAUCCCAGCACAUGUCCGCAAGGAGCGGGACCUGCCAGAAGAUCUGAUUCGUCUCUGCAUCGGCAUCGAAGAUGUGCGGGACCUGAUCGAGGAUCUGGAAAAUGCCCUGCGCAUCGCCGAGUGCAUACAGUGAGCAACGGCUUUGUGGUGCCCGAGUGGCAGCACCUGUCUGUAGUCAAAGUCAAGAUGAACGCAGGCCAAGGACAGCACAAGACAGCGCAGGGGCAGGGACAGAACAGGACCGGACGGCAAUACCACCCGCCAUGAUGCGCAUGUCUAUGGCUGGGUGGUGCGUGGAGCGCGAUUUGGGCUGCCGAGUGCGCCAGCGACGGGGCAUCGAUGGAGAGAUGUGGAUCGGCCCGCUGGGAUCGCAAUAUAGAGCGACUGACUUUGCCGAUGGAUAUGCUGCUGGAAUGCUGGGAUGUUGGGAUGUUAGGUCGUUGGCUGGGUGAGGCCAUGGCACGCACGCUUGUUGGUCCUGCCAAACGGACAAGCAGAUCCAUGGGACAUGUCCUUCGAGCAACAUGUCUUUCGGGCGGCAUGUCCUUGGGACGACACC